AAGUCUUUCCAGUAGAUAUCAGGGAAUAGGUGUGUUCACUCGAGGAGCCCAUGAUUCUUCACGCAUCAAUAUUGACUUACAAACUCACUGCCCCCGAAAUAAGAAAUAAUCCGAUAGCUACAUAAAUUAUGGUGUCUAAAUUUACCUAGUUAAAGAGGCAGAUCUUUCGGCCCGCAAGAAACCGCCGGCCCGUCAGCUACCUUGUUCGUUCCUCACAACUUUUUCCACCCUACGUGCCUUGUUCACUCAGUAGGCAUCCAUACAGUCCCGUCUCCAUACUCGAUCAUGGAUUCGGAACACUCGAGCGGCGAUCAACGAAUAAGGCGGCGGAAACGCGAGGACGACGGCGGAGGCGGCGACAGCGAACGAAAGCGACGCCAUCGCGACGGAGAAUCCGACCAGCACAGACAUCGCGAGAGGUCGAGGUCGAGGCGGCGAGAGCGGCAGAACCGGUCAAGGACGCCAGACUCGAGCACGAAGAGGGCGCGGCAUACGGAUAGGGAUGGGGAGAGGAACAAGAGCAGGGAUAAGGAUGUUGACCGAGAUCGCCGCAGAAGACGAUCACGCUCCCCAGAUGAUCGCCCGUCUCGGCGCCGCAGACAUGGAGAUGACGAGGGAGACGACGAUCGCAAAGACAAAAGCAGGAGGUCUGAUUACAAGGGAGAAAGGCAAGGCAGGGAUCAUCGCGCGUCACGGGCGAGGAAAUUGGACGAUGGCGGCGGCUCAGACGACGAGAAGAGGGACCAGAAACGCAGCCUGAUCAAGCGUGCGGGGCCGCUUCCGUCGCAGGAUAACACCUUCGCGGUCAGCAUGGGCGAGGAGCCGGAGAAGCCCAAGGAGCAGCCCAACUUUGGCAACUCGGGCCUCCUGGCGGCGGUGUCGAACCAGGUUGCGCAGGAAGACGGCAGCACCAUCACGCUGAAAUAUCACGAGCCGCCCGAGGCGCGAAAGCCCCCCGCGAGGGACCAGUGGAAGCUGUUCGUGUUCAAGGGCCCAGACAUCGUCGACACGAUCGAGCUGAGCAACCGGAGCUGCUGGCUGGUCGGCAGGGAGGUGGCGGUGGUCGACCUGCCGGCCGAGCACCCGAGCAUCAGCAAGCAGCACGCCGUGAUACAGUUCAGGUACAUUGAGAAGAGGAACGAGUUCGGCGACAAGAUUGGGAGGGUCAAGCCGUAUCUGAUCGACCUCGAGAGCGCGAAUGGCACCAUGCUGAACAAGGAGAAGGUCCCCGACAGCAGGUACCUGGAGCUGAUGGACAAGGACAUGGUACAGUUCGGCCUGAGCACGAGAGAGUACGUGCUCAUGCUUGCGCCGAGAUGAAUCGUAUUCCGUGUGGGUGCGUGCGUCCUUCGCAGAGAGUCAUCGAGAAGGCUGUAGAACUACUGGAAUCUCACUUUUUUAAAGAUGUCAAUAGAAGUCCCUAUCCGCAAUCCCAAGACGAUCGAGAAUAGGGUGCUACGCCAGUCUUUGUUGGUCACCUGGGAAUGAGUAUCGGCCGGCUACUACUCGGGUAUCUCUAGUGACAGCUUAGGGGUUUGCCAUUCUCCGAGAAUGUCCUCGUCUAGCCGGUCUACAGGGUUAUGAGGGA